UAGAUAAGUACAGUAGGACACAGGUAAUUUGUUUGGUUAGCUUUUAAUGUGGAAAUAACUUUAUUUCCUUACUCUCAUAUGACAUUAUUUAGUUGAUAUUUAGCUGAUGACAUUUUAAUAUGUGAGUAAUAUCUCACGUGAAUGUAAUGUUAAUUCAUUUCGAAUUUUGCUGUAUUUUUGGCUAAUGACUGAUGCCCCCUGCUCGUUCUCUACAUCAUCAUGUGUGAGCGCGCACAGAAAGUAGUGGAGGGAGUGUGGCGCGCGCGCAAGUGUCAGCCAGAGUGCGAGAGGAAGAAGUGAGGUUUUAAACAGCGCUGGGUUUAAAAAUGACAUUGCACAAGGAAGAGAAUGAAAUAAGACCGAUUUUAUCCAUGGGAAUGCAACAAUAACUUUAUACACAUCGCGUUCUCUCAGUGUUUACCGUUUUUUCGUUAUCAGCUAUGUGAUGCUUUUUCUAUAGAUUGCAAGCGGAUUAUUUACAGGUAUGUUUUGGACUGUUCAAGACUUUAUGGGCAACAAAUAAACAUCGCAGAUACUUAAACUCACGGAUCAAAAUACCUGAACUGCAGUUUUGUCCAACAUGCCAGACGGAAUGCAGAUAAUACUCUUUGCAGCAACAGUGCUCAUUGCGCAUGACCUCUCAGUAGCCGAGCAGAAGAUGAAAUGCCCAUCCAGGUGUGAUGUGAGUAAAUGUCCGAGCCCGAUCUGCUCGAGCGGGUACGUGCCCGAUCACUGCAAUUGUUGUCUUGUGUGCAGUCUGAGUGAGGGAGCACCGUGCGGUCGGAAGGAUCACCCUCCAUGUGGCGAUGGGCUUGAAUGUAAAUAUCCAGCUGGUAAGCGACUUUCCAAGGGUGUCUGCCAGUGUAAGACAGCCCAUAGAGUGUGCGGCAGCGACGGAAAAACCUACGACAAUGUGUGCAAGAUGAGAGCAGCCGCGCGUAAAGCGCAACAACAAGGGCUCUCCAUAAUAACCCAAAGGCAGAAGGGUUCAUGUGCACCAUCUCGGUCAGGUCGUGCACAUCAGAACAGCCCACGGUACAAGUUUAACUUCAUUGCUGAUGUGGUGGAGAAGAUUGCACCUGCUGUGGUCCACAUUGAGCUUUUCCUCAAUCAUCCUCUGUUUGGACGUAAUGUCCCGUUGUCAAGCGGCUCUGGAUUCAUAAUGACGCAGUCUGGUCUGAUUGUGACCAAUGCACACGUGGUUACCAGCAGUGCAACUGUAACGGGCCAACAGCAACUACGAGUGCAGUUACACGAUGGCCAGACAUAUGAGGCAUCCAUCAGAGACAUCGAUAAGAAAUCUGACAUCGCCACCAUCAAAAUUAACCCAAAGCAAAAAUUGCCAGUAUUAUCACUGGGUCGCUCUGCUGAUCUGAGACCUGGCGAGUUUGUGGUUGCCAUUGGCAGCCCUUUUGCUCUUCAGAACACAGUCACGACUGGCAUCAUCAGCACAACACAGAGAGACGGAAAAGAGCUGGGCAUCCGUGACUCCGACAUGGACUACAUUCAGACUGAUACUAUCAUCAAUUAUGGCAAUUCUGGAGGCCCACUUGUUAAUCUGGAUGGUGAAGUGAUCGGGAUAAACACGCUAAAGGUGACUGCAGGGAUCUCUUUUGCCAUUCCAUCAGAUCGAAUCACUAAAUUCCUCGAUGAAUCUAAUCUUAAACUGCAGAAAGAUAUGCAAAGUUCUAAAAAAAGGUUUAUUGGAAUCAAAAUGGUCACGUUAACAGAGAACCUAGUCCAUGGGUUAAAAUGGCAUAAUCCAGACUUUCCGGAUAUUGGCACUGGAAUACUUGUACAUGAAGUUGUCCCAGAUUCCCCAGCUCAGAAAGGUGGGAUCGCAACAGGUGACAUUAUAAUGAAGUUAAAUGGGCAACCAUUGGUCAACACUGGUGAUUUACUGGAGGCCAUUCAAGGAGAUACGCCUCUCCUUCUGGAAGUUCGGCGUGGAAAUGACGAUCUGCUGUUCAACAUUGAACCUCAAAUAUUUAUGCAGUGACAAUGACAGAAAUAUGUUAGUUGGCUGAUGAAGAUAAUACAGAGAGAAGAAUAAUCUGAAGUCUAAAGUGAGCAGAAUUACUUAUCACCUUUGGUCUUCAGAGAAAAACAUCUAUUGCCUACUGGAACUUCUGAGCUGUUUGUUGUUGCAAUCUAAUUAUUGUAAUGUUACUUUAUUAAUCACAAUUAUCACAGUGUCUCUCACAGUGCCUCUCUGUCAGGCCUCACUUGAACUAAGUAAAAAGGCCAGAGACUAACACAUUCUUGCAUAACAUCUAAUAAAAAAU